AUGACUCAGCGAGUGCGCUCGGCUAAGGGAGUCGUUUCUGACUCGCGUGGGAGCGACGACGCCAAGGCAAAACGGAAGCGAAUAAGUGACAAGUCCAACGCCCGUGUGGCGCCCGUGUUUCACUUCUUCUCAUCAACCACCAUGAGCACGAAGCACGGUUUUGUGAAUGGUUUCGUAUUGCCCGGGAUCCUAUUCCCCGCAUUGACGGCGCUUGGGGUGCGCCUCAUAACCAACAGUCUGACAGUCUCAGGACUGGGUGCCGAGUUGAGCGCGCAGUGCGCACCUGGGGCCAACAGUUCCUAUAUUCAUCCUUUCACUGGGGUCCAUGGCAUCGAUGGCUUCAUUUGUGGCCUCGUCGCGUUUUUCCACGCCGAACUUGAACCACAACUAUCACCCUAUCUCCUCUACUUUGCUGGUACCUCAGGGUUCCUCAUGGCAUUCCCUGCCAUUGAAGCACACCGCAAAGGUCGCUCACUGUUCAUCGCGUUCCCCAUCAUCGUCGGCCUACUCGGCCAAGCAAUCACCAUUGGUAUCACCCUCACGAUCUAUUGGCUCGCCUUCAUCUGGACAGGCGCGUCAAGCAGACGUGCAGAUGCACACUCUCAUAUCACGAAGCCACAAGCGGAAUCGAUCAUAUUUGCCACCGCCGUAGGGUCAAUGCUUCCCUCGAUGGGAUUGAUGUUGUUCAAGGAUCCGAAGGUUACGGCAUAUUGGCAGAUCUUCCCCGUCUACGCGUCCGUUGCUGGGCUUGCGUACAGUUUCCUGCGUCCUACGCCGCGGACUACAGAGUCGGGGUAUAAGCUUGUCCGACAGAUGUAUAUGGGCAUGUUCGUCUCAUCAGCAAUCAUGCAUCUCUGCAUUGUUGGUCCAAAGCUCCUCGAUCCCCCGGCCCUCGCGUCGUUUGUUUUCCCCUCGAUAACUCCCCUUCCAACUACAGCAAGCCUCUCCGCUAAAGCUGACGAUUUCCUCAAAUGGGACCUCAUAUUCGCGUUUGGUUCAUCCGUCCUUGCUACCUUAUGGUUUGCUCGCGAUGCUGCAGAGCUUAUUGUGAUUGCUUCGUGGCACUUGUUCGCUGUGCCCCUGAUUGGCCCUGGCGCGUCCUGCACCGGGAUCGCUCUCUGGCGAGAGGCAGCGCUCAACGAUGAAGAAGUGGAACCGAAUCCACGUUUCAAACAGUAG